AUCGUCUCUCAAUCGCCAAUGGACGUCGCAGCAGCGCGCGAGAAGAUGAUAGCCCGCCGCUUCGGUGGGGCGCAGCAAUCUCGUACGGGCGGAAAGGGGUCAUUCCGCCGGAAAAAGAAAACUGUGCACAAAACAGCUACCUCUGACGACAAAAAAUUGGGAAGCACAUUGAAGAAACUAGGAGUAACCAACAUCCCCGCCAUCGAGGAGGUCAACCUGUUUACGUCAGAUGGUAAGGUAAUCCAUUUUUCGAAUCCCAAAGGUGAUGAUUAAACACAUAUAUUUUCACUUACUGGAUGAAUACAGUCCAAGCAUCAAUCGCCGCAAAUACCUAUGUCAUCAGUGGUCCGAAUGAAGCGAAGAGUGAGUACAUUUUAUCUCUGCGUUGUUGAUAAUAAAUGCGCAGAGCUAAGUGAUUUACUGCCGGGUAUAAUGAACCAAUUGGGACCUGAUAAUAUAGAUCAUCUCAAACAGCUUGCUGACAAUCUCUCGAACUCAAACAAAAGUACCAGUAUGGGUGAAGAGCAUGAUGAUGGUGACGAGGACGUCCCCGAUCUUGUUGAGAAUUUCGAGGAUGUUAGCAAAUCUUGAUUAUUUGUCGUGGAAAGCCUCAGCGACGGAAAGGCCACCUAGCUGCCAGUCUAUUAUGUGGCUCUUAUAUGGCUGGUCACCAUCAUGUAUUGCCGUAGAGUAUUGCCGUCAUCGACGCCGUCAUCUACCCGCAAUUCUCGUAGUGUAAAUGGGGCCUAGUAUGGGGCCUUUUGCAUUUUCGAGUUUUACUAGUACUACUAGUAAUUCAAGUUAGAUCCGAGUCUUGGUUUCUGGCUGGCCCGGGUUCUGAGGGUUGGCGUUGAGCCAACGCGAGUCCUAUACGGUAUACCCCAGAAACCCCGUUGAUGAAAUGGAUCUAACACUAAUAUCGGGACCAACGGCACCGACCAGCCUGAGUGCCCUGACCGAGGGGCCCGGCCCGGUCCCGGGGGGCGGGAGGUCCUGAGCGAGUCUAAUCGAUCAGAAAAUUACCGGCUUCUUCGGAUAAGCCUCCUAGUUGCAUGCUGUUGCGAUUGC